AACAUGUUCAUACAUCCACCCGGGACCAUCCGCGGAAAAGGAAGAAAAUUACUGGUUGUCAGAAAAGUUUUCCUGCUGGGAAAGGAUCGGGCUCGUUCGGGCAGAGGACCGCCAGAGGAUCGCGCUCUCAGGAUUAUUAAUUGUCGCAAUAAACAUCAUGGACGCGCUAAAAUCAGCCGGACGCGCGAUCAUUCGUAGUCCCAGUCUGGCUAAGCAGUCUUGGACCUCUGGAAAACAUAAAAAGCUGCCAGAGAACUGGACAGACACGCGGGAGACGCUGCUGGAGGGAAUGGUCUUUCAGCUGAAGUAUCUGGGCAUGACGCUGGUGGAGGAACCCAAAGGAGAAGAGCUCUCAGCCGCUGCUGUCAAGAGAAUCGUUGCCACAGCUAAAGCUGGUGGGAAGAAGCUUCAGAAGGUGACGCUGAAGGUUUCUCCUCGAGGGAUUGUUCUCUAUGACAGUGUAUCAAACCAGCUAAUAGAGAAUGUGUCCAUAUACAGGAUAUCAUAUUGCACAGCUGAUAAGAUGCAUGAUAAAGUGUUCGCCUACAUCGCUCAGAGUCAAUGCAAUGAAACGCUGGAGUGUCACGCGUACCUCUGCACCAAGAGGAAAGUGGCUCAGGCGGUGACGCUGACGGUGGCUCAGGCUUUCCGUGUGGCAUUUGAGAUUUGGCAGGCUGCUAAAGAAGAGAAAGAGAAGCAGGUGAAGUGUGGAUCAGAUGGAGAGGUGGCCAGCAGCUCUCAGUCUGACAGUUCGGCCAGUCUGGGCAGCACGAGAGGAGGAGAGGUGGCCACUGGGGAUCUGCUGGACUUUGAAUGUGGAGUAAAAGCUCACUCAGGACAAGACGACACACACCCAGCACAGAACCUCAGCACAGAGAACAACAACACUGUAUGGGAACUUGAGGAUGGUCUAGAUGAGGCUUUCUCGAGCCGCAGUCUGGAUAGUUUUGAGUCCAACACAGACUCGCUGAGUCUCGCACUAACCCCCAGAUGCUGGACAUUGGGGUAAAUCCUCAGGACUACAACCCUGAAGAGUGCUUGUCACCUAGCAACGGGGACAAAGGCGAUGCUGAGGUUGCAGACGGCGUGAACGCGUUCAGUUGGUGACAUGAAGAGAAUCGAGCUUGUCUGACCGUAGCUGAUACCGGCUUUGAGUUUACAUGGGGUUCGGCAAACCCUACAGAUGACUUCAACAAAAGCACAGACAAAAGCAAUACAGAAUAUAUAUAUAUCUUUUUUUUUUUUUCCAAAUGACUAAGUAUAUUGACAUUUAACAUUUUCUGUUACAUCCCAUAAGUUUUUUUCUUCUUUUU